AUGCAUUUUUACACUAUCGAUCAAUUUUUUCUGAUUUUGCAUCCGUUGCAAAAGUAUACGCGUUGGAUAUAUUUUGAUUUUAGACGUCGCGAUUCGACUAUACCGUUCGAAUUUGAAAAUAUGACAAAAUUAAAAAUCAGUUUAACGUUCGUUUUAUUCGAAUUGAUUUGCAAUUUGAUAAAAUUCAUACUCGAAAUACGUGCGGAUCGUUUAAGCGAAGCGAAACAAAUCGCUGCCGUUACAAGUAUUGCACUUUUGUGCAUGAUUCGCGGCAUUUCGUUAUACACCGAUCGUAAUCGCAUGUUAGCGAUAUGCAAUGACUUGGAUAAAAUAUUUCCCAACACUGUUUACCUGCAGCAACGUAUGCGAGUGCAGAAAUUGGCCGCUUUUUUUAAAGUCCGCUUUCGUGUGCUGCGUAUUUACGUGUACGUCGGCUUACCCUCGUUUGCUAGCAUUCCUUUAAUCAGAUAUUUCUUAUUUUAUGAUCGCGAAAAUGGUGGCCCCCUUCUCGACGAAUAUCAUCAGCAUGCUUCGUGGGCUCCAUUUGAACUAAAGCAAAAUAAUCGCGCUUAUCCGUAUGUGUAUGUUUACGAAACAUUUGUCACAAUUCUUGGCUUCACUUGUAUCUUAACCUGGGAUCAUAUAUUCACGGUAACCGUUUCGCAACUCACAAUGCACUUCGAAUUCGUGAACACGGAACUCGAAUCGUUAAAUGUCAGAGACACGACCGGACGCAUGAAAUCGAAAUUGUUUUGGCGUCGUUUCAAGGAAAUAAUUGUUUAUCAUCAGCAUGUUUAUCGUUUGGCUAAGAAAUUGAAUGAAACCUUUAACUUAACGAUAUUCUUAACCGAUAUCGGUUGUGCUGGCUCCAUUUGUUUUCAUCUUUAUCUCAUUGCUAACAGUGACAGCAUACUGACAAUCGUUACUUUCUUCUUUCCUUGCUUUAUAUUAAUCGCUUUCACAUUUGAUUACUGUCAUCAAGGAUCACGUUUAGCCGAGGCGUCAGCACGUCUUCAAACUAUUCUUUACACUCAAAAAUGGUAUGAUGCCUCUCCCACAUAUCGACGUUUAAUGUUAAGUCUCUUGCAGUACGCUCAUAAGCCCUUCACUUUAAACGGCUUCAAACUUUUCGACUUGGACAUGUUACACUUUCAGUCGAUUAUGACAAUUGCUUAUCGUUUAUUUGCUUUUGUUCAGUCGCAAGGGAAGUAA